CUCCCUCUCUCUCUCUCUCUUUAGAGCUUUCACUUCCUCUCUAAUGGUGGAACCAAAACCCUAGAUUCCCCCAUUUACUUCCACACCUAAAAACUAUGAGAAUGAAGACUUUUCCUAGCUUCAUUCUUUUCUUUUCCUUCUUCUCUCUCUCCCUUCAAGCCUCUUCACCAUCUCAGUCUUUGUACAGAGAAAUCCAUCCGCUAAUAACCUUCAAAAACAUACUUCCCGACAAGAACCUACUCCAAGACUGGUCUCCCAACAAGAACCCAUGUACUUUCCACGGCGUGACUUGCAAAGACGACAAGGUCACUUCCAUUGAUCUCAGCUCCAAGCCUCUCAACAUCGGAUUCACCGCAGUGGCAUCAUCUCUCCUGUCUCUCACCGGACUAGAAUCUCUCUACCUCUCAAACUCCCACAUCAACGGCUCCAUCUCUAAUUUCAAAUGCUCCGCUUCUCUCACCACCUUGGAUCUAUCGAAGAACUUAAUCUCAGGCCCAAUAACAACCUUAUCAAGCCUCGCCUCAUGCAUAGGUCUCAACUCUCUUAACCUCUCCUCCAACACACUAGACUUCCCCGGGAAAAUCUCAAGCGGGUUAAAGCUUAGUAACACCUUAAAAGUUCUUGAUCUCUCAACGAACUUACUCUCCGGCUCAAACGUCGUCGUUUGGCUCCUCUCCAACGGCUGCCCCGAGCUCAAACACUUGGCGGUUAGCGGAAACAAAAUAAGUGGUGACGUGGACGUCUCUCCUUGCGUGAACCUCGAGUUUCUCGACAUCUCCUCCAACAACUUCUCCACUUCCCUCCCUUCUCUCGGAGACUGCUCCUCUCUGCAACACCUCGACAUCUCCGGUAACAAACUCUCCGGCGACUUCUCCCUCUCCAUCUCCUCCUGCACAAACCUCAGAUCGUUAAACAUCUCCGGCAACAAAUUCGCCGGAGCCAUCCCGUCUCUCCCACUCAAAACCUUACAAUACCUCUCCUUAGCUGAGAACAACUUCACCGGAGAGAUCCCGGAGAUUCUCUCCGGCGCGUGUAACACACUCACCGGACUCGAUCUCUCAGGAAACAAAUUUCACGGUACUAUUCCGCCUUUCCUCGGCGAGUGUAACCUCCUCAAAUCGCUGGCGUUAUCGAGUAACAACUUCUCCGGCGAGUUACCGAUGGAUACUUUGUUGAAGAUGAGAGAACUCAAGAAACUCGAUCUCUCCUUCAACGAGUUCUCAGGGGAGAUGCCGGAGUCUCUUACCAAUCUCUCCACUUCUCUGCUAACGCUAGAUCUCAGCUCCAACAAUCUCUCAGGUCAGAUACUCCCGAAUCUCUGCCGUAGCCCGAAAGCUACGCUCCAAGAGCUUUACCUUCAGAACAACGGCUUCACCGGGAAGAUCCCGGUGACGUUAAGUAACUGUUCGGAGUUAGUUUCGCUUCAUUUGAGCUUUAACUACCUCUCCGGGACAAUCCCGUCGAGCUUAGGCUCUUUAUCGAAGCUUCGUGAUCUGAAGCUGUGGCUGAAUAUGCUCGAAGGAGAGAUCCCUCAAGAGCUUAUGUAUGUCAAGACGUUAGAGACGCUGAUCCUCGACUUUAAUUAUUUAACAGGUGAAAUCCCUUCAGGUUUAAGUAACUGUACGAAUUUGAACUGGAUUUCUCUUUCGAAUAAUCGGUUAACCGGUGAGAUUCCUCGGUGGAUUGGUCGGUUAGAGAAUCUUGCUAUCCUCAAGCUGAGCAACAACUCUUUCUAUGGUAACGUUCCCGCUGAGCUUGGCGAUUGUCGGAGCUUGAUUUGGCUUGAUCUCAACACUAAUUACUUCAACGGAACGAUACCCGCGGAGAUGUUUAAACAAUCAGGAAAAAUCGCUGUGAAUUUUAUUGCUGGUAAGAGGUAUGUUUAUAUUAAAAACGAUGGGAUGAAGAGAGAGUGUCAUGGAGCUGGUAACUUGCUUGAGUUUCAAGGAAUCAGACCGGAGCAGCUUAACCGGGUUUCGACUCGGAAUCCUUGUAAUUUCACUAGAGUUUAUGGAGGUCACACUUCGCCUACGUUUGAUAAUAAUGGCUCCAUGAUGUUUCUAGACAUGUCUUAUAACAUGUUGUCCGGGUACAUACCGAAAGAGAUUGGUUCGAUGCCGUAUCUGUUUAUUCUCAACUUGGGUCAUAACUUUAUAUCCGGUUCGAUUCCUGACGAGGUUGGUGAUCUUAAAGGGUUGAACAUUCUUGAUCUUUCUAGCAAUAAGCUCGACGGGAGGAUCCCUCAGGCUAUGUCGGCUCUUACUAUGCUUACGGAGAUUGAUUUGUCGAAUAAUUUGUUAUCCGGUCCUAUUCCUGAGAUGGGUCAGUUUGAGACUUUCUCACCGGUCAAGUUUUUGAACAAUUCUGGUUUAUGUGGUUAUCCGCUUCCGCGGUGUAGUUCCGCAAAUGCGGAUGGGUAUGCUCACCAUUCAAGAACUCACGGAAGGAACCCUGCGUCCGUUGCGGGUAGCGUUGCGAUGGGACUAUUAUUCUCUUUUGUAUGUAUAUUUGGGCUGAUACUUGUUGGUAGGGAGAUGAGAAAGAGACGGAGGAAAAAAGAGGAGGCGUUGGAGAUGAUGUAUGCUGAAGGGGGUGGAAACUCCGGGGAUAGAACCGGUGGUAACAAUACGAAUUGGAAGCUGACUGGUGCAAAAGAAGCUUUGAGUAUUAAUCUUGCAGCUUUUGAGAAGCCGUUGCGGAAACUCACUUUUGCGGAUCUUCUCCAAGCCACUAAUGGGUUCCAUAAUGAUACUAUGAUUGGGUCAGGCGGGUUUGGAGAUGUUUACAAGGCGGUUUUGAAAGAUGGAAGUGCAGUGGCGAUCAAGAAACUGAUCCAUGUUAGUGGUCAAGGGGAUAGAGAGUUCAUGGCUGAGAUGGAAACGAUUGGGAAGAUUAAACACCGGAAUCUUGUUCCUCUACUUGGUUACUGUAAAGUAGGAGAAGAGAGGCUUCUUGUGUAUGAGUUCAUGAAGCAUGGGAGCUUGGAAGAUGUAUUACACGAUCCGAAGAAGGCUGGAGUGAAACUAAACUGGUCGAUGAGGCGGAAAAUCGCAAUUGGAUCAGCUAGAGGACUAGCCUUUCUUCACCAUAAUUGCAUUCCCCAUAUCAUCCAUAGAGACAUGAAAUCUAGCAAUGUUUUGCUGGAUGAGAAUUUGGAAGCGAGGGUUUCAGAUUUUGGCAUGGCGAGGUUGAUGAGCGCGAUGGACACGCAUUUAAGUGUCAGUACAUUAGCCGGUACACCAGGUUAUGUUCCUCCAGAGUAUUACCAGAGUUUCAGAUGUUCUACAAAAGGAGACGUUUAUAGUUACGGUGUGGUCUUACUCGAGCUACUUACGGGUAAAAGACCAACAGAUUCUCCGGAUUUUGGAGAUAACAAUCUUGUUGGAUGGGUGAAACAACACGCCAAACUGCGGAUUAGCGACGUGUUCGACCCCGAGCUUUUGAAGGAAGAUCCAGCGCUAGAGAUCGAACUUUUACAGCACUUAGAAGUUGCGGUUGCGUGUUUGGAAGAUCGGGCUUGGAAGCGGCCGACCAUUUUAGAAGUCAUGGCGAUGUUUAAGAAGAUACAAGCGGGGUCGGAGCUAGAUUCACAGUCGACGAUAGGAUCAAUAGAGGAUGGAGGAUUCAGUACAAUAGAAAUGGUUGAUAUGAGUAUAAAAGAAGUUCCCGAAGGCAAAUACUGA